GUUAGCAACUCAAUUUCAUUUUCGAUCCUCCACCAUGGCACCCUUCCUUGAAACAGUCAAGUCGUUUAAUGAUGUGCCAAUCACCGACGAUGGCGUCAACACUGUCGCAUUCCUCGAAGCUGGUGACGGUGUCGUUCGCAUGCUCAAGGAACUCACUAGCCUUAUGAGCUCCGUUGGCUCCGGGGCAUUCUCGCCCGUCAUCAAUGACAUCCAGGGUAACAUCACAAAAGUUCGUGAACGGCACGAUGCGACUCCCUCGCAGUCCGGAACGUUGGAGGUGUUAGUGACCAACGAGAAAAGCAACAAAGUAGGAAGCGCAACAGAGGGCCUAAUGUGGCUGCUUCGUUCCCUGGCGUUCACAGGCAAAUCCCUUCAGCAAGCGCAGAGCAACCCAUCAGAGGAUCUCAAAGUUGCCUUCACGAAGGGAUAUAAUGUCACCCUUGGGCCUAUUCACCGUGGUUCUGGAAUAUUCAGCAUACAAGGGGCCAUCAUGAGAGCGGCAGGCUUGAUGUUCAACACUGCGAUUGGAUAUUGCCCGCCUCGCAAGAGCUUCUACGAGAAGCUUGCAGCUAACCCGAAUGGAGAGCCGUGCUCGCAGGAGGUGCUUGACAAGCAGCUCAACGAUUGGAUCACCGGCCUGGAUACCAUUAUCACGAGGAUGGACAAGUUCUACACACAGGGGAAGCAUGGAGAGAUAUUCAAGUCUGCAUGAAGUUAUAGAUCAGCAUAUCGGCAAUAAGCCGCGCAUUGUGCAUUGUACGGAUAAAUCAUCAGUGGUGUGCGUCGUUGGAUUCUUUUUGUGAAUACACGGACUUGAAGCUUGGAGUACUAUUAAUCUUCGAGAUCACUGUCAGGAAAUGCGUGCUUUGUUCACUCAGCGUCUUGACGUUCCCCGAAACAAGCAACCCAUGUAAAUCAUACAUGCCUGUUAGCUCGGUG